GCGCUCGGCUUCCGUCCCAGAUGAUCCCUCCCCGGGGCCGCCGCCUUCCCCACCUCCCCGGCCUGGGGCCGCCUCCUCGGCCAGUGGCGUAGCCGCCUCGGCGUCGCGGCCCCGGGUAGCGGCGGAGUCCGGAGCUCAGCCGGACCGAGCGGAGGGCCAUGGAGAAAGCGGCCCGGGGCGCCCUCCACAGCGACUAGAGCAGGCCCGCCGCGGCCGCCGGCGCCAUGGACCGAGCCCCCGCCGACCAGAAUGUCAAGCUCUCUGCGGAGGUGGAGCCAUUCGUGCCUCAGAAGAAGACCCCGGACCCGUUCAUGGUACCCAUGGCUCUCCCCAGCGACAGCGGAAGCGUUUCUGGUGUGGAACCAACUCCGAUUCCCAGCUACCUGAUUACUUGUUACCCAUUCGUUCAGGAAAACCAGUCCAAUAGACAGUUUCCUGUAUACAGUAACGACAUACGAUGGCAGCAGCCCAGUCCCAGCCCUGCCGGGCCGUACCUUGCCUACCCCAUCCUGUCUGCUCAGCCACCCGUCUCUGCCGAGUACACGUAUUACCAGCUAAUGCCCGCGCCCUGCGCCCAGGUGAUGGGUUUCUACCACCCUUUCCCCGCACCCUACUCUGGCACUUUCCAGGCCGCGAGCUCCGUCAGUGCUGUGGCCGCAGAGUGCCCUGAGCGUCCGGGCCAGCUCGGCCAGGUUUUCCCCGUGUCCACGCACCGCAGCAGAAACAGCGGCAGAGGGCCACUUGUGCCGAAACAACAGCUUUUACAACAGCACAUAAAAAGCAAAAGGCCACUGGUGAAAAAUGUAGCUACUCAGAAAGAAACUAAUGCAGCAGGUCCUGAUAAUCGGUCCAAAAUUGUGCUUCUGGUGGAUGCGUCCCAGCAGACUGAUUUCCCUACAGACAUUGCUAACAAGUCUCUCUCGGAAAGCACCACCACCAUGCUGUGGAAGUCCAAGGGCCGGAGGAGGAGGGCCUCCCACCCCACGGCCGAGUCCUCCAGUGAGCAGGGUGCCAGCGAGGCGGACAUCGACAGUGACAGUGGCUACUGCAGUCCCAAGCACAACAAGCAGCCUGCGGCGGGGGCCUUGAGAAACCCUGAGCCCGGGACCACGAGCCAUGUGGAAUCAUCUGCAUGUGCAGGUGGUGUAAAUUGGUCCAAUGUAACUUGCCAGGCAACUCAGAAAAAACCUUGGAUGGAAAAAAAUCAGACAUUUUCUAGAGGCGGAAGGCAAACUGAACAAAAAAAUAAUUCACAGGUUGGAUUCAGAUGCCGAGGACACAGUACGUCCUCAGAAAGAAAGAAUUUGCAAAAGAGACAAGACAAUAAGCAUAUAAACCCCACUCAGUCCCAUAGAAGUGACCCAAAGUCUGAGUCUUUAUAUUUUGAGGAUGAAGAUGGGUUUCAAGAACUGAAUGAGCACAGCAAUGCUCAGGAUGAGAAUAUUCAACAGAAACUCUCUUCAAAAGUACUGGACGACUUACCUGAAAACUCACCGAUCAACAUCGUUCAGACCCCGAUUCCCAUCACCACCUCCGUCCCUAAACGUGCAAAAAGUCAGAAGAAGAAAGCUUUAGCAGCAGCUCUCGCCACAGCUCAAGAGUAUUCAGAAAUAAGUAUGGAGCAAAAAAAAUUACAGGAAGCCUUAUCAAAAGCAGCUGGAAAAAAAACCAAAACCCCCGUGCAGCUGGAUUUAGGAGACAUGUUAGCAGCUCUGGAGAAACAGCAGCAAGCAAUGAAGGCCCGGCAGAUCACCAACACCAGACCUCUCUCAUGCACGGUGGUUACCACAGCUUCUUGCCACACUAAAGACUCUACUACCAAAAAAACUUUAACCAAAAGUCAGCCCUGUUUGACAUCCUUUAAUUCUUUGGAGAUUACUUCCUCUAAAGCAAAAAAAGGGAAAGAGAAGGAAAUUGCAAAGCUUAAGCGACCCACAGCACUUAAAAAGGUUAUUUUGAAAGAGAGAGAGGAAAAGAAGGGCCGUUUAGCUGUGGACCACAGUCUUUUGGGAGCCGAGGAGCCGACAGAAGCACCUUUAGAUUUGAUGGACGACUCUCCGGAGGAGGGCCCCUCCCAGGAAGAUAAUGGACUGAGCAUGCCCAGCGAUACCUCGCUCUCCCCAGCAAGUCAGAACUCUCCGUACUGCAUGACGCCCGUGUCCCAGGGCUCUCCAGCGAGUUCCGGCAUAGGCAGCCCAAUGGCAUCAUCCACAAUAACCAAGAUCCACAGCAAAAGAUUUAGAGAGUACUGCAAUCAGGUUCUCUCCAAAGAGAUCGAUGAGUGUGUGACGCUCCUCCUCCAGGAGCUGGUCAGCUUCCAGGAGCGGGUCUACCAGAAGGACCCCACGCGGGCCAAGGCCCGGCGCCGGCUGGUCAUGGGGCUGCGGGAGGUCACCAAGCACAUGAAGCUGAACAAGAUCAAGUGCGUCAUCAUCUCUCCCAACUGUGAGAAGAUUCAGUCCAAAGGUGGCCUGGACGAGGCGCUCUACAAUGUUAUAGCCAUGGCACGGGAGCAAGAAAUCCCUUUCGUGUUUGCCCUUGGGAGGAAAGCUCUAGGGCGCUGCGUGAACAAGCUGGUUCCUGUCAGUGUAGUGGGGAUCUUCAACUACUUCGGUGCUGAGAGCCUGUUUAAUAAGUUGGUGGAGCUCACGGAGGAGGCCAGGAAGGCGUACAAGGACAUGGUGGCGGCCAUGGAGCAGGAGCAGGCCGAGGAGGCCUUGAGGAACGUGAAGAAGGUGCCGCACCACAUGGGCCACUCCCGGAACCCGUCCGCAGCCAGCGCCAUCUCCUUCUGCAGUGUCAUCUCGGAGCCCAUCUCGGAAGUCAACGAGAAGGAGUACGAGACAAAUUGGAGAAACAUGGUGGAGACCUCUGAUGGGCUGGAGACGUCGGAAAACGAGAAGGAGGCUUCCGGCCCACGGUGUGCUUCUGAAAAGCCCGGCUGCCCGCCGCCUGCCCCUGGCCCCACAGGGAAGCAGCCGGCCCUGGCUCUCCCAGCCUUGGGCAGCGCCGCCUCAGGGCCCGGCCCGGGAAAGGCCCAGGCCAGCGACAAGGAGGAGGUGAGGCCAGACGACCUGGAGUGGGCCUCCCAGCAGAGCACGGAGACCGGCUCCCUGGACGGCAGCUGCCGGGACCUGCUCAACUCGUCCAUCACCAGCACCACCAGCACCCUGGUGCCCGGCAUGCUGGAGGAGGAGGACGCCGAGGACGAGGACGAGGAUGACGAGGAGGACUACGCCCACGAGCCCAUCUCGGUGGAGGUGCAGCUCAACAGUCGCAUCGAGUCCUGGGUCUCAGAGACCCAGAGAACUAUGGAGACCCUGCAGCUGGGCAAGAGCCUGCCCGGGCCGGAGGAGGACCACGCAGAGCAGAGUGGAGAUGAGGACGCCCAGGCGCCCGAGGGGCUGGGUCUGGAGCCAGAGCCGGAGCUGGACACUGAGGCCUGGACGCCUGACCACCAGGCCACGCCCGACCUGCAGAAGCCCAGCAGCUGCGGCCCCGAGAGCCAGGAGCAUGAGGAGCCCAGCGCUGCACCCCGACACGCGUAACUCAGGAAGCACCAGCUCCGGCCCAAGGCCCAGGAGUCCUCCCAGCCAUGCCUCCAUACUCGCGUCCAGCCCCCAGCCAGUGUUUUGUAGCACUUACUGUUUUGUUCCGAUCUGUAGCUUAGCUUUUAAUUUGCAUCUAGGUGUCUUUCUAAGAAUUUGUGGGAAAUUCAGAUCUGUUUCAGCUUCUUUUGUAGUGAGAAGCAAUGAUUAAAAAAGGAAGAUUUUGGGCCGGGGAUUUAGCUCAGUGGUUCUGCCGCCUGCCUCGCAAGCACAAGGUCCUGAGGUUGAUCCCUGGUACCAAAAAAAAGGAAGACCAAGUUUGAGGGAAAAUAAAUUUAAAAUGCUAGUUUAAGUCAUUGUGGAAGCCAAAGACCAGGUUCUAAGGGUCGAUGCAGUUACUGGUGUUGGUUUCAUGACUGUUCCUCCACUCUGAUCGUCUGAUCGAAAAGUCGUUUGGGCAUCUUCGACACAGAGCUGGAGAUGGUCGGAGGGCCGUGCAGAAGGCUGCGGGAACAGAACGGGUCUGCGGGGCGGAGACAGGCCGCUGCUGCUCUCCGUUGGCCCACAGGUGCACAUGUCAGAGGCUCCGGUCAUUGUCAUCACGAAGGUUGGGAGGGACCACGGGGCCUCCUGUGUGGAAGGGACAGGCUGUGUCCCGCAGGGCACAGGCCCCGGGAGAGGGCCUGCCAGGUUCAGGCUCAGACCUCUCUGCUUAGCUCAGGAAUGUCUUGUACAUAGUGUGUUCUCCUAGAGACAGCUGAGUACCUGGCAGCUGCUGUGAUGGCAGCACUGGCGCAGGCAGCCUCCCCCGGGUGCUGUCCUCACGCUCAGGCUCAGGGCUCUUCAGACGCAGGUUUGAUGGGGUAGCCACACUUGUCCUGACUGCAGAACUGUUGCAUGUGGUGCCUAGCCUUGGGCACCUUCCGCGUGGCAGUGACCGUCGUUACUGACAGGAAGUCAGGGAAGGGAAUUUUGCACAACUUCUAAGGUUAUCCUGAUGAUCAAGGCUGAGCAGAGGAGGUUUUAGAAGAAAAGAGAAAGUCAUAAUUGUGCGAACCCGUUAGAUGAUUUAGCGUGGAAAGACAUGCAGGUGUUCCUGUUUCAGUCGGUCAUUCUCUGGGCGUGGGCACGGGUGCGGGCACUGCUCGGGAGAGGCUCUGCUCAGGGCGCUCGUGUCUCCCUGGCUGGCCAUCACCGCCUGGCUUUCGCGAUGUCCACCAGGUAAUGUAUUGCUGGAGUCACAGGUGAUGCCUUUGUCCAUCUCCCUAUUCCCAGCCACACGCCUCCACACACACGCACACACGCACGCACGCACACCCACCCUUGAGGAGCCAGGCACCCUGCCCCGUGCUAGUUCCAUCCCUAGGCCUGGGCCUGGGCCUGGGCCAUUGCCGAUGUCGAUGUUUGUAGUGUUUGCGACGCUGGCACUCCAUCACUGGGCGGGAGGCUCUCGGUGGCUGGUGUAGUGUUUGUGGGUUGCGGAAGUGCAGGCGCGUUGGUCUUUCGGCUUCCUAUGUGCUCACGGGGCCGCUACUCCCGGUCCUGUCCCACUGCGGCAGUCGCCCACCUGCAUAAGGUGUGAAGCCUCUGAAAGCAGCCGGGAUCGGAUGCGGCAGAUCUUACCGUCUCUGCGAGUUGAGGGGCGCCAGCGCACCUAGAGAAGUGGUAGAGGUUUUGAACUCCUGACAGUCCUGAGAGCAAAUCUUACAGCUUUUCAUACUUUUUAUGAUGUUCAUUUCCUUUGCUCAGUGUCACCGAUUCAGAUGCUCUUGAUCUUAAGGGAAUGGCUUUUCAGAGGAUUCUUAAAUUUUCUAUCUCUUCGGGACAUGAACUGCCAUUUUAGAUUUUUGACAUUUGUAUCAAGAGAGAAGUUGAGGAAAUCUGGACACCAGUAACCUAAUUGUGCUGCAGGCUGGGGAAGGGCCCAGUCAUGAGUGCCUCUCCUGCAGCCAGCCCAGGGACCACAGCCUUCACUGUGACAGGCCGCCUCUCGGGGAGUAUAUGCUGCCCCGGGUGUGUGCCUACGUAUCAGUGAUGUCUUUAUCACCCGUCUCCUCAGGCAAACCAGGGUUUGUGCAUUGAACUGCAGGCUUUCUGGGAGGUAUGAGAAUUAGGGAAGUUUUAAUUAUUCUUGGAAGUGGGUGUGGUUCACUCUUCAGAGACCUAGAAAGAGAUCCAACCCUAAGGCAGAGUGUUCCUCAGCACAAAAAUGAAAACAGUGAUUUUUUUCUUAGUGUGUAGAAGUUGCUUUAUUGGCAAUAAUAAAUGUUAGAUUUCUAUUUUAGUACAUAAAUACAUGACUUACAUUACGAAUUCCACUGCCCAGAUUAGAGUUUUGCUUUAGUACAUUUCUUUGCCAUGAAGAUUACUUCUCAGAAGACCAAUGUUCAUAUUAGCUUAGUUUUCGGUUUAAAAAUGUUUGUAAAUGAUGUAAUAUAUUUCUUUUGACUAAACAAAGAAAAAUAAUAUGUUAUACAUUGAGAAGUUUUUACAGGCUUUGACUGGAGGUCAUUUUUGCAGAGAUGGUAUUUUAUAUGCUUCCAGUAUUUGGAAAAGAAUUAGUCAAAAGGAAUUCACAUAGUUUAAAUAUUGAUAAAUUAAUAUCCAAAUAAUGUACUUGUCUGAUUUCUUAAUAAGUUGGGGGAGGUGGUUGGGGUGGGAAUCAUAAUGUGCAAAUGGGUAGUGAUCUCUACAUUCAUUUUCAACAUAAAACUGCUAAUCGUAAUGCAUUGUUACUUUGAUAUAUAUAUAUAUAUAUAUAAAGUAUUACUGUUUAUAAAGCUGCUGUUUGCUUUAAAAAGUUGUCAUGUAAGUAUUUUCUGUAUGUUGUGCCAACAGGUUAGAACAUUAAUCUGCUAAAACCUUUUUUGAUUUAAGAAAUUUUCUGUGAAGCUGGGUGUGUGGUGCACGCCUCUCAUCCCAGCCCUCAGGAGGCUGAGGCAGGAGGAUCGCUGUGAGUUCGAGGCCAGCCUGGGCUACAUAGUGAGUUCAAGGCCAGCCUGAACUGCACAGCAAGACCCUGUGUCAAACAAACAAAAAGAAAUUUUCUGUGAAAUAAUUUAUCUCGACAUCUCCCUCUUGCUGUGUCCUUUCAACCUUUACACACAUCACAGAAUCAACCAAACUUUUUGCCUAAUCUGAAACCUGAAUCCUAAUUAAUGGUAAAAAUUUUAACUUUGUUGGCACAUCACACCUUAAAAGUAUUUGUAUUAUUUUGUAAUUUAAUGUCUAACUAUACCACACCGAUUUAUAAUUUAAUGUCUUAAUUGUAAUGCUCUAAUAAAAGCUAGCACCGUUAGUCUGAGUCCUAACACUAGGGUGCUCAUCAGUCCUCUUGCUGUAAUGAAGGAUGAUUGCUCCCUCCUGCGGGCCGCGGGGUAAUAGCAGCCUUUUGCACUAUGUACAUACUGGUGGGGCCUUGUGUACCAAUAAAAGGAUUACUGGAAUGGCA